GCGAUGAUAGGGGCGAAUUUGAGGUUUGGUAUCGGCGCCUCGGGUAACGUGUCGUCGAACGCGACCAAGGUUUUUCAGUGUCAUCCGGGCGGAGCGACCGAGGCCACACUCAUAUUCAGCCUCGGUGCCCUCGGCAUGGGGGCAAACUUCGUCCUGAUGGCUCUAAUCCUGGCUAAACGACAGUUACGCAGGUGGUCGCAAGGAUUGCUGUUCCACCAGGCGAUGGUGGACUGCGCGAGAGCCGCCAUUUUAUUGCCCCUCGGUUCGAGCAUCCUGAACUGUCAGCCGAUGACCAAGUGUUCCCUGGUGGAGACAGCGUUUCUGCUGCUGGUGACGGUCUCCACGGUGAACAUGCUGACGACAGUGCUGAACGACAGCCCGAUCUUCCCGGAGACCGACGAGGAGGCCGAUCUGACGGCCCCGUUGCUCAUGGACUCGCCCCAGUGCGUCCUGUUCGGGACGUUCAUGAUCUGGUUCGCGAGCAUCACGAUAAACCUCGGCCCGACAUUUUUGAGCGGAGCUCUCGCCGCGAACACGGAGACCGGCCACAACGCGCCGAGCUGCCCUUUGGUGCACGGCCCGUUCCGACAUUACAUUCUGAAUGCACUCUGGAUCGCCAUCAACAUGAUCUGCGUUGCGCUCACGCUGAUACACCUCAGGAAACUCCACAAAGAUCUCACUAAAGCGAACGUCGAAGCGGUGAAAGUAGCACUGCUAACGAUUCUCGUGAAUGCGACCGGUAAUCAGCAAACAAACGCGGUUCCUGAAAAUUCCGGCGCAUCCGCGAACGGCGGGACGCCCAAGAGAAGCGGAGCGGCGGAGGAGCACCGUAAAAUGAGGAACUACUUGAAGAGGAUGGAGAGGGAGGGGGUGCAGAGGGUGAAAAUGUUUCUGGUGAUAACGGCGGCCUACGGCAUCUUCUGGGGACCACUGUUCUUCGUCACACUGGUGGAUCAUCCUAUCAUUGGGAAUCCAACUGGCUACGAGGUGACGCUACAUAUCGCGUACAUCCACGCAUUCGUGAACCCGGUGCUGUUCCUGAGCCUGCACCGCGGCCUGCGGCAGGGUCUGUCCGAGUUUUUCUGCGGCUGUUGCGAGGGCAUCGCCAGCUGGAUACUGGGCCCCAGCAUACCGGGUGAAUCGGUGCAACCGCCGCGCUACCAGGAGCCCAUUGAAGCGGUGCCCUCGCCGCCGGAGCCGCCCGCGGCGCAGCCUAACACCUGCCCGGACCUCACCGACGUCGCCCUUCUGAAGCCGCCGUUGCCGCCGACGGGCAAACAUUUGCUGGACGACUCUAUGAUCAUACCGCCGGACCCAUGGACGCUGGUCGCGAGGUCGAAAGGUACAUCGACCGCUUACGAGUCGGACAGUAGUAGAAGAUCGAGCAUUUUGUUACCGCCAUUGUUAAACAAUUCGAAAGUAAAUGUCAGUCCAACUAGCAGCGACUCUCCUAGCGAGUGAAUCCUUUAGAACUGUUCCUUUUCUCUUUCAUCCCACUUCGAGGUCACGGAGGAAAUUCUGAACUAUCCCGAAUUCAUUUCUGUUCAACCGAUUGCGCUGGAAAUGAAUUCAGAAAUUUGGUCUUCUGCGAUGAAUUUUCUUUUUACCUAUUUUCUCGUGUCAAACUAGACAUCUCGUAUUCGUAUUCAACUAGAGAUCGAGCAAUCUUGUAAAUACCUUCAUGAAGAUUCUUUAGAAGUUCAUUGAAUUUCUGACAUUGAGAGCUUUCAGCUUGUAAUCGGUGGAUACUUUCUUGGAACGUGCAAUGAACUUUUGAGGGGCUGAUAUGAGAGAUGUUAAUACGCUGGGUCUAGCCACGUGUUAGUCCUUGUGUUAGCAAUUGGAGAAUUGUUUUCCGAUUUUCCCAAAUUUCCAAAUUCCCAAACUUCUAACUAUCCAAGUUUCCAAAUUUCUAAAUAUCUAAAUUCCUAAAUAUAUAAAUUUCUGAAUCUCCUAAUUUCUAAAUUUCUAAGUUUCUAAGUUUCUAAGUUUCUAAAUUUCUAUAUUUCUAAACUUCUAAAUGUCUAAGUUUCUUAAUGUCUAAAUUUCUAGAUGUCUAAAUUUAUAAGUUCCUAAAUGUCUAUAUUUCCAAAUAUCUAAAGAUCCAAAUUUUCAAGUUUCCAACUAUCCGGAUAUCCAAAUAUCCACAUUCCCAAAUUUCCAAAUCCCCAAACUUCCACCUAUCCAAGUUUCCAAAUUUCUAAAUGUCUAAAUGUCUAAAUUUCUAAAUAUCUAAAUAUCUAAAUAUCUAAAUAUCUAAAUAUCUAAAUGUCUAAGUUUCUAAAUUUCCAAAAAUCCAAAUAUCAAUUAUUCCAUCAACCAUCGCAACACUAAAAGAACACUUCGAUCGCUAACCAAGGACUAACCGAAGUUCCAAUAAGAACAGCAACAGUUCCUCGACGAACUCCGAUCAAUAAACAGAAAAUUUUCUUUCAAUCGGGACGCUCGCCAGACCGUGAAAUUCGAAGAAUCGCCAGAGCGGUCGGGAAAACCGUAAAAAUUCGUAUCAGAAAUUCCUCCUGCAAGUGAACGAUUCCGAGAUUCGCGCGGUGACACCGGAGAAUUUCUAAAAACGCGACGAAAGGGACAGCCACGAGUUUUCUUAAGAAACCGUCCGCCAAGAGCGGAACCAGAAAAACCUGGUGAUGUUGCCAAAGAGAUGUACACGGUGGGAAAAAAGUAUUCACGCGUCACUGAAACCUUUAACAAUAUUAUCUCCAUUACGAUAUUAACAGUGGAACUAUUGUGUAAUUAAACUGACCAUUUUUAACCAUUCGCAAUCAUUAACCCUUUGCACUUGACAAUAUUUUUCAUUAAAAAUAUUCAUUACUUUCCGACUAAAUAUUAACGAUAUUUCUCGCAACUAACACAAUUGAUUAUCUUCUAUAAAUUAAGAGACAGAACUAUUUUACUUUGAUAUUUUAUGUGUUGAUAUAUUACACAAGGUUUAAUAUUGAAUUGAAAAUUUUUUAAUUAAAUGCUCUAUUAAUUCCUAUUACAACUACUCACAAUAUAAAUCUGUAACAUAUAACUAGAACUCCAACGUCUCAAACAACUUCGAGCUCGAAAUUGUGGAAGUUUUCAAUUAAAAAAUUCAUUAACUAAUUUUCUAAUCUCCAAACGUUCAAAUCGAACUAAACACUGCUCGAAAUUUCAAAGUAAAGAAACAAGAAUAUUCCAAACUGCAGAUUCCUCAAAAUUUCGAUCAACUGAUAUAUGUAUUAAUUAACCAACUAAUCAUUCCCCGAAGUACUAGUCUUACAAUGGCAAAAGAAAUCACUAACCAUUUCGGCAACGGUAAAAAAUGACCCACGCCUGAUGUCUUUUUGCAAUUAUUAGAAAGCUAACAAAAGUUUCUCUGAGAAAUUAUUAAAGAAAUUCAUUUGGCACUACGCUAAUCGUAUUGCAAAUCAAUUAAAAUCCGAACAGAUGCACUCUUGGAGUUUCUACAGCGAAAUGUUCAAAAGUCAAUCGAACUGCUCGAUAGUUUUAGUGUUAACUUGUUAGUACAAAAUUUGGAUGUGUGGAAAAUCGAAUAAUUUUAGGGUAGUUUCUUUAAGAUUCAUUAAAAUAUUUAAUAUUGUAACUGGUACAAUAUUAGAGCUUACAGAGUUCAAAGGGUUAAAACGCUCGGUACCAUCGACAGAACAAAUCGUUAAUAGGAGAUCGGAAGGAAACUCCGAUUCAACGAUCGAAAGACAACGAACGCUUUUCUCUCGCCGUGUACCGAGACGAAAACAGAAAAGGGAGAAAAAAAACAAUGGUUACGUAGGUCCAUCGAUCGCCAAACUUUACGCACGUUUCCACGUAAGAAUUUCGCUUUUAGAUUGAGUAUAUAUAGGUAACGGCAAUAAACAACGGACAUUAGCGGAGGUGUCAAGAGAGAAAAAAGAAAAAGAAAAUUCGGAGAAACGAGGAAAAAAAAAUUGGUAGAGAUGAAGCGACACCGUCACCGACAAAGAUAGUUCCUUAAUGUGAAUCGAAACGUUAGACGCACCAAUUAGGGAUUAAAGUUAAUGAUCGUUUUAGGGGCGUGCCCGUUUUAGCUAGUUUGCACCAUUUAAAUGAGCUUUCCACUCAACUGGGGGACUCAAGAGUGGCCGGCGGGUUUUCCGCCGGCCGUACUUACAGUAUUGUAUUAUUUACUAUCGUCGUUAUUAUACACUUAUAUUAUACAAGAUAUAUUAUACACGGACGUGAGAACGCGCGUGCACAUAUAAGGGGACGUAUUCAACGAGCGCGGAGAAUAUCGUUUGCCAAAAGAGUUUUCACCGGUUUCCAUGGUUUGUUGUCACUUUCUGUUGAAUUAUUGACACGUUGCGUACCGGUAACGAGAAAUCCCGUUUAAUCUCGUUUUUACUUAGCUAUACAACUUCGCUAAUUACUGCAGCAUUGAAAAACAUAUAAAAUUUAAUUCGAAUUGAUUAUCUAUUUAAAAUAUAUUACAUAACAAUAUGAUGUCUGAGUUUUUCUAUGUAUAGUAAUAUAAGUUGACCUCAGUGAAAAUUGCCAUUCGCACAAUUCAAUUUUCUGAAAAUUAGCCGGUACGCAAUGUGUUAACACUAGACAAUCGCAUCAGUCAAAAUUACUGGUUUCGACGUUUUUAUUUCGUAAUUAUUGAUAUCUUAACCAGUUAACUGUGUUUGACAAGUAUACACGUCAUCUUAAAACUCUUAAUGGUGCUAACUUUUUCAACGAUGGGUUAUUUAUUUUU